AUGGAAACGAAACGGAUAUUCAAGAAUCAAAACCCAGCCCAUGAGAAGAGGCACGCCGACGCCAUACCCGAUGGGACCCCGUCCACGAGCGACAGCGGCAACGCAGGAACGCUGGUCCCAGUAUCCACUCUGAUGGGCACGGAUUUGCCAUGCAUGCAGGUUACCGACGCGUUGAUUGAUUCCUACAUCGACUCGCGACCUCUCCUCGCGCUUGUUUUUGUCCUGCUCCUCCAUGGCGCUCGACUCAUCAAACCCAAGGCCGCGGCGGAAAGAUGCCCCGGGGUUGAUAUUUCCACCUUGUAUUCGCACCUGCUGGAGACUGUGGAGAGGCAGUAUCUGACAUCGCUGGAAGUCAUGUCGAACGAGUCCAUAGCGUUUUCGUACCUGGUUGGAAUCCAGUAUUUGCAAACACGACGGACCAAACUGGCUUUCGUGGUGAUCGGCACGACUCUGCGUGCGGUGCAGACAAUGGGGUAUAGCAAUGAGGCGAAUUGGGGCCAGACGGGGACCGUUGAUCGAGAAGUUCGACGGCGACUGUGGUGGUCCAUGUUUAUGGGUGACGGGUUUACGUCGCAAGCCUACGGCCGGCCUGCUGUACUCUCCGACAAAGACUUUUACGUUGCCGAAACCACCGACCUCGACGACGGCAGGACCACAUGCCCUGGCUUCGACACCCUCGAGCUGAGAGAGGGUGGUUCACACCUCCCAGUCACGAUCCACUCGUAUAACCGAUACAAAUCCAGGCUCUACGUCAUCGCGGCCCCCAUCACCCGCGACCUCUACUUUACCGCCCGGCGCGACUGGGCCGAGAUCGUCCGGCAGGUUCGGCGCAUACACAGCCAGCUGUUGGACUGGGAGCGCUCGGUGCCUCCAGAGCUGAGACUUCCCUCACUUACGAGCCGUGAUGCUGAUUCACAGACCGAUCCGACCUUCCGCAUCUUUGCACUACAAGCGUUAAACCUACAAAUCGUGUACGACAAUAUACAGCUACUCCUCUUCCGCCCUUUCGUGGUCGAAGAUCGGUCCGCGGACCCGAUGAAUAACAACGUGAACGAAGGCAUGGCGGAUAUACUCAAGCUGGCGCGACGCCAAUGCUGGGUCUCGUCGUUGCGCACGUCCCUCAUCAACCGGUACCCCGACCUAGUGAAGGCCUCGGCUGAAGGCGCAGCGGCCGUGACCAUGGGCAGCCAAUGCUUUACGGCGGGAGUGAUGCUGGGAAUGUUGGCACUGUCGAGUCCGCUGUCGAGCAUGGCGCAGGAGUCUAAGCUGGCAAUUGCGCGCAUGAUUCAUAUCCCGAAGGCGCUGCAACUGGCAGCGCCGGUAUGGAUACAGGCUGCCGAGGUGUGGUCCGAUAUGCUGCGCCUCAUCUCUACCAAGGAGACGGAGGCUCUCCUCUCCCAUGGUGAGGCGCCCAAGACGGAGGAAGUGAGCCUCGAUAUGGUUGAAUUCGGGGAUCCGGGAAACGAAGGGCGUGACGUAAUCGGAGGCGAACUACUCAAGGGAGGAGUGAGCGCUCUCGAGGGCAGCAACCCGGGCCGUGGGGAUGCCGGCGCUAACGCACGUCUCGUAGACGAUGAUGGAGUGCCGCACGCCGUCGUUGAGGGGCAUUUCGCGGCCCACACAGGCCUGGUUACCCAGAGCGAGUAUCAAGGGUUCUCCGAUGUCGAUCGCAACACUGUCAUGGAUCCCGGAGAACCAGUCUCUGACCGCCCCCAAUGGAUCGAUGCCGCCGACCCAACGAAUAGCCUGUCCGGCGCGCAAGCCCUGACUUUAAUCAAGAGGUUCGCGGUCGGCCUGGACAACCUCGGCGUCGGGCAGGGUCGAGCCGUGAUGAUUGUAACGCCCAAUCAUCUCUAUGUACCGGUUGUAUACCUCGCCGCAGCUGGCUCGAGCCGGUGCUUUACGGGCGCGAACCCGGCGUUUACAGAGGCAGAGAUCGCCUACCAGAUGAAGAUGGUUGACGCCGCGGUCGUCUUGGUUCACCCGAGCGCGUUGCCGACCGCGACCGCCGCCGCCAAGAUGGCGGGCCUUCCCCUCGAGCGGCUGUACCUCUUUGCGGGCCAGCCGUGCAAGCCUAUCAAUGGUGUGCCGGACUGGACGACGCUGCUCGCGAGCGAAGAAGCUUCGCGAGACUGGAGGUGGGAUCCGCUCACGGGAGACAAGUCUCUCUCGGCGGUAGCCGUCAUCAACUUCUCCAGUGGCACCACAGGCCUGUCCAAAGGCGUGUGCAUUACCCAUAGCAACCUGGUCGCGAACGCGACGCAGGCAACGGCUCUCCGCUUCGCGCCAGGCACGUCGUCGGAAACGAUUCAGAAGCAAGAACGCUGGAUCAACUUUUUGCCCCUAUACCAUGCCUACUCGCAGCUGUGGAUGGUGAGCAUCGCGCUCAAGCAACGCAUCCCGGUGUACAUCAUGGAAAAAUUUCAGUUCGUGCCAUAUCUGGCCUACAUCCAGAGAUACCGCAUUACCUCGUUACUCACCGUGCCACCCGUCAUCCUUAUGCUUGCCAAGAGGCCGGAGACAGCAAAGUACGAUCUCAGCAGCGUAACGUACGUCGCUUGCGGUGCUGCGCCUCUCUCGAAGGAGCUCCAAAACGACGUCGGCCGCAGGUUUAACCUCUCCAUUGUGCAGGCGUGGGGGAUGAGCGAGACAACGUGCAUAGGGGCCAUGGUGCCGUCUUGGGUAACUGAUGACACGGGAAGCGUCGGGCACCUACUACCGAACACCGAGGCGAAAUUAAUUGACGAGGACGGCGAGGAAGUUACCGAGCGCGGAAAGCCCGGCGAGCUUCUUCUGAGAGGACCCCAAAUCAUGUUAGGGUACUGGAAGAACGAGGCGGCGACGAGGGACAGCAAGACGACUGAUGGAUGGCUGCACACAGGUGAUGUCGCCGUGGAAAAGAACGACAUGUUUACCAUCGUGGAUCGGAGAAAGGAGCUCAUCAAGGUCAAUGGCCUUCAGGUCGCCCCUGCGGAGCUGGAAGCCGCUCUGCUCGAACUCGACGACGUAGCCGACGCUGCCGUCGUCGGCAUCGUGCUCCACGGGGACGAGAUGCCCCGCGCGGUGGCCAAGCACAAGAGGCUGGCUGGCGGAAUCAAGUUUAUUGAUGAGGUGCCCAAGCUGGCGAGCGGCAAGAUUGUGCGGAAGCUGGUGAAGCAGUGGGCGCGGGACGAGGAAAGGAGAUCCAUCCAGCUCAUCAAAUUUACAGGUGCGCCAGCCUUUCACCUCUUGAGCUCGUCCCAUACCUCUUCAGACUUGUAG